GAUAAUAUAGUCCAUUACAAUUUUAAAAAUAUAGUUUACAAGUAUUUCUAGUUUGGUGGGAGAACUAUAUAACGACUGAUUGGAAAUCGGUUUCCAGUGCUUGUUUACCUUUUUACAUCCAAACGGCAUUCAACCUCAACCAAAAUGGGCGGCAGCGAUGAGGACGAGAAGACCGCGGUUAUGCGCAAGGCUUUCCAAAUGUUUGAUCAGACCAAAUCUGGAUUCAUCGAAGUCCACAAAAUCUCCAUUAUCCUGAACACCAUGGGCCAAUCGUUCGACGAAAGUGAAUUAAACAGUCUAAUAUCCAAAAACGAUCCGGACAAAACCGGCAAGGUGGACUUUGACAGUUUCUGUGAUAUCGCCUCGCACUUCCUGGAGGAGGACGACGAUGAUCCGACCCAAGAACUCAAGGAGGCCUUCAGAUUGUACGACAGGGAAGGCAACGGUUACAUCACAACUGGCACCUUGAAGGAAAUCUUAGCAGCUCUUGAUGACAAUUUAACUAGCAGAGACUUGGAUGGGAUCAUUGCUGAAAUUGAUACUGAUGGUUCAGGAACUGUAGAUUUUGAUGAAUUCAUGGAGAUGAUGACUGGUGAUUAAAACAUCUACAUUUGUGCCAUAUAAGUUUAAUAAUAAAAAAAUUUUAAUAAAACUGAGUUUUAAUGCGAAAUAAAACACCCCUGAUACAAA